AUGUACAUGCUUAAAGGGACGUUAGAGAAAUGCAGUGGUGAUGAGUCCGACAAAACAAGUACUGUGCCACGUGGCCUAUCCCUUGACAUACACGUAGCUCACUUCACUUGUAUACCCCCCAUAGAAAUGCGAAACUCAUUUCUCGACUUCAUUUAUUUCCUAGAAUCGAGCUCCAGGUCGCCGGAGAACUUUCGCCGUCACCCGAGGUCUGUUGUCUUUUCUUUCUUUUGUUCCACUCUUCGGUUAGUUUCCGUUCUUUCGUGUUUGAGGGACUGUUUUUAUCUUCAAUGGAAGUGUACUGAAUCAGACUCGGACGCUGUUUCGAGGUUUGAGAGCGGAGUUGGUCAGACAUCUGAAACCCUAGCUGCUGCUGGCACCCUACUAGUGAAGCUAGCUGGGGUUGAGCGAAAAUGCUGCGUCUCUUCAGGUAAUGAAAAGAGUAACAGAGUUUCUCAUCUGAAGAAGGGAACAGAUUCUGUAGAUGCGACCCGAGAUUUAGACAUGGCGCUUAACGGAAGUGAGUCUGAGAACGAUUCUGACGCGGAAUCUGAGGGUUUUCGCGGCAAGAGAGAUUUUGAUGGCCCAAGAAAGCGAAAACCAAAACAUGAGAAUCUGGGAGGUGCGGUAUCAGCUGGUUCAGCUUCAGCUAAUGAGAAUCUGAAGCUCUCUGGCUCAGAUUUGGUUUGGGGUAGAGUAAGAAGCUAUCCAUGGUGGCCUGGACAGUUGUUUGACGCAUCUUCUGCGUCGAAAACCGCGAUGAAGCACUUCAAGAAAGGAAAAUCUUUGGUUGCGUAUUUUGGGGAUCGCAGCUUCGCUUGGAAUGAUGCAUCCAGGAUUAAGCCUUUUCAUGAGCAUUUCUCACAGAUGGAGAAGCAGAGUUACUCGCCAGUGUUUCGUCAUGCUGUUGAUUGUGCUUUGGAAGAGGUUUCGAGGAGAGUAGAGUUUGGUUUGUCUUGCGUUUGCGUCUCAGAGGAUGCCUAUAGCAAACUCGAGACACAGAACAUAAACAAUCCUGGGAUUCGAGAGCACGCUCGUGUGAGAGAUGUUGGAGACAAGCUAUCGAGUGUUUUAUCUUUCGAGCCUGCAAAACUUUUGGAGUAUGUGAAGCAAUUAGCUUGCCUUGCGAGAUACGAAGAGACUGAUAAGCUGCAGUUUGUGAUUCACCGAGCUCAGUUAUUGGCUUCUCAACAGUGGACAAGCUAUCUUAUCUUUCCCAAAUAUGAAACAUUUACAAGGUCGGUAGAAUCCGCAGCGCCCUUAGCUUCUCUCCUUGAACCAAAUACGAAUGAAGAAGAGUCUCCCAAGAGGAGAAAGACUGAUAUCAAAGAUCACGCUGAGCACAAGCAAAGGCUUGGUUUUGAGGAUGCAACUGAUGAAAAGAGGAAAGACAAGGCUUUGUCCGAUAUUGUUGCAAACAAAGUCUUUGGGAGCGGGUCAAUUGUGAAAUUGGAUGGGAAGUCUAAGGUCGAGUCUGAGAAGAGAGAGGAGUCAGCAUCCAAAAACUCUGAUGAGGAAAACAAUUUGUCAGUGGGUAAUAAAGUGCAGAAGGUAUGUUUUAGGAUUGGAGCUUUCCCUUUGAGAAUGGAAAGCGAGAUGGUUUCCUUAACUUCUACACUAAAAGUGGAUGGGAAGUCGUAUUCCGGCAAGAAGCUUAAGGUCGAGUCUGAGAAAAAAGAGGAGCCAGCAUCCAAAAACUCUGAUGAGGAAAACAAUUUCUCAGUGGGUAAUAAAGUGGAGAAGGUAUGUUUUGGGAUUGGAGCUUUCCCUUUCAGAAUGGAAAGCGAGAUGGUUUCUUUAACUUCUACACCAAAAGUGCAAGUUGAGAACAAGAAGAGGAAGAAGCCCGAGCAGGAAGAGCUUUCCCGAAAAGAGACGUCUUCUCGUGAUGAGAUGAUCUCGAGCCUUCACUCUGCCAAAACAGGAAAGGGGAUACCCGGAUCAUUCAGCAUACACUCGAAUUAUGAAGAUUUUGAAGAGUUCAUCAAGGAAAUAUCUUACAGUGAUCUCAAUCACGACUCCAAGAAGGUAAGUAUCACUGAGACAUCAGAAACUUGGAAUGUGAAAGACCCUUCAGAAGAGCAGGUCUUACCUGAUGAGAUGCUCUCGAGCCUUGCCAAAACAGGAAAGGCGAUACCCGAAUCAAUCAGCAUAGACCCCUCGAGAUAUCAAGAUUUGGAUAAGUUCAUUGAGGAAUUGUCUUGCAGUAGUAUCAUGGAUGACCCGAAGAAGGCGAGUAUCACCGAGACAUCAGAACCAAAGGCGAGUAUCACCGAGACAUCAGAACCAAAGGCGACCAUCACCGAGACACCAGAACAGCUGAUCUUACCUGUGAAUAAAGACUUAACUGGCUCAGGCUCGAAAGAUCAAACGGGUCUCAAGGACUGUCCUGAAGAUUCAUCAGCACCCAAUGCGUUGAUCCUCAAGUUUUCGGAUUCAGGUUUUGUUCCAACCGAAGAAAAACUGAACAUCAUAUUUAACCGUUACGGCCCGCUUAGAGAAUCUGAGACUCCGAUCAUGAAGAAAGGAAAGAGAGCCAAAGUGGUGUUCAAAAGAGGCGAAGACGCAAAGACAGCCUUCAGCAGCUCCGGGAAAUACAGCAUCUUCGGACCGUCUCUUCUAAGUUAUAGUCUCAAGUACGUUUCUCCAAAAGCCCAACAGAACAACAUCACCAAUUGA